UAGUCCAUGACCAUCAACGUGUCACACAUGGUCACCAUGCCGACCAUUUUGGCCUAGACAAGAUCUCCGCCGUGGUAGGUGGAGGAGCAAACGAUGCCGGGGAACCGUGAAUUGAAAGAAGUAUCCCAUGCAGAAUUGGUCCAGCUCCUCCACCUACCAGAGAAAAUUGUAGCAAAGGAGUUGGGCAUAUGUGUGACUUCGCUGAAGAAGGCUUGCCGUCAAUAUGGCAUCUACAGGUGGCCUCACAGGAAGAUUAAGUCCAUAGACAAGCACCUACACAAGCUCGAGGCAGCGCUGGCGACUUGCGAGAAGCAAGAGGAGCGAGCUCACCUUCAAGAGAAGAAAGCUGCCUUAGAGCAGGAGAGGAGAACCUUGCCCUACCGCCCGCGCUCUGCCGCAAGCGAGCAGGGAGACCAGGAGGCUGAACUCUCGGAAGACUCUGACAUCAGCGACCUCGUGUCUACUUCGAGCACAGUUGCUGCGAGCCCGAGGACCAUGGGAGCGACUCACGAGGGAGGAGCUGAAGGGCAUGAUGAAGUUUCCAUGAGCCAUACAGGAGGACUGAAUGCCAAUGGAAUCCCGAAGGGCCGUGUGCUCGAGAGGAAAAUCCUCCAGCAGAAACUCAGGCAGAAUCUUGAGAUGAGGACGGAGCAAAAAGCGGCGCAUGGUGGCAGGGAGGAGACAGAGGAGGUCACGCAUGUGAUCCCGAUGCCGAACCUGCUGGACGGGAUGCAGGGCGGGAGAAGAGGAGGAGACGAAUCGCUCAAGGUCGAGCUCACGUUGCCAGGAGAGAUCGCAGAGGAUAUGGCCAAGGGCUACGUCUCCUUCAAGAUCGUCCAGAUACCGGGGCAGGCACCCGAGCUUCACCUUUCCGCCCGGCGAGGCUCACCAUCAGCCAAGCUGCUCGCCCGCCACUACUCCCACGCAGAGGCCGCGGGCUCUUCCUCGACCUCCUCCAACUUCAACAAGGACCCGAUGGAUCUGCCCACGGUGGGGGAGGAGCAGGCGCUGCAUGCCUACGACUCGCUGCUGGCGCUGGAGCACGAGGACGAGGGCACGCCGCACGAGCCCAACGAGGACGAGAACUUCGAUGGCUCUGGCAAGGACAACUGCGCGGCUGACUUUGUCCUGGAUGAUCAUUAUGACGGGAGGGAGGCACCUGCCUCGCCGAUCGCCGGCUUCAACUCGCUAGCAUACACCAACAUGCUCGAGGACUACAGCUGCUUGGUCGACGACUCCUCGUUUGGCGGGAAGGAUCAUCGCGCGGGCCUGCAGGACCUGAAAGCAGAGGACGACUUCGGCCUCAUCAUCGGCCUCUCCGAGAUCGCGCGCAAGACUUGAAAAAGCUGCUUUUUCUCCUGUACUUCUAACGCUAACAGUGCUUACCUCGUGUGAAACUAGAGUGAACUCGUGAAGUGGUUCUGACCUGAACUGUAUGACAGCAGCCUGUGCUCUGUCUCUUGUGCUACAAUAAAAACUACUGACACCAA